GCCCUCGCGCUGUGCUGCUGCACGUCUCUGUGCGUGGCUGCUGCUGGCAUAUCUGAGCGGGCAGUUGAAUCCCCGCUUGUAAAUGACAACAUGAAGAUAACGCUGACAGUGACAGCUGAUGACAGCAGCUGCACGCCACCGUCCCCCCCCCCGGCUACUGUGAAUACCAAUGAUCUUACAAUAUCGACUACGGUUGCUUUGAAGAGGACGGGUGAAACACCAGGAACGACACAGACUGCGAAUGGUCCGUCUAAGGCAGUCAAAGUUCCCGCUGGGUACAGCAUAACGCUGAAUACCUCACGGGUUGUUAAAUGUACGGAGAAAGGAGGUAGUUCUGACGCCGCUGAAAAAGACUGCCCAUUGGUGGGACCUGAAACAGCUUCAACGGCUACGAACUACAUCACCUAUGUUGUUACUGUGA